AUGGUCUUUGGCUGGUGCUUUGGCGGCAGUAACAUGGAAGAGCCACAGUCAGAGUACGAUGAGCUUCCAUACGGCCUAAAAUGGCGGAUGCACUUUGGAAAGCUGGAGCAAGAUCCACAUACGGGCAACGACAUUAUGCGACUGAGCAACAAUAGACUAGUGCAGACACAUUGCGAAAGUACAGAAUACCAGGCUCUCAGGCUCGUGGACAAACACACCUCUAUACCGGCAUAUCGAGUCAUCGCAGUCUACAACAGACCCGAAGGAAAAGUGGUGGAAUAUGAGGGAAUACCUGGCACUUCUCUGGACACAUGUUGGAAAGAUCUAUCUAUAGACAAGAAGCGGCGCAUUAUUUCAGAUCUAGGACGCUUUACUGACCAGCUCAGAAAGAUUACAGCCCCGAAACACUUUGUCAUAGGAGAUUCGACCAUGGGCGCUGCCAGAGACACCCGCUUCGGCCCAGGCAUGGUCGGUCCAUUCUACACCCUGGACGCCUUCCAUGACUUCCUUCGCCGCGGCCACAGGCCCCAAGAAUUUCGCGGUGACUACGUCGAAAAAGUUCACGAACAUCGACCCAAAUCCGACAAACCCUACGAGCUCAAAUUUUCACAUGCAAACCUCAGUCCACGCAACAUCCUUAUCGACGAUUCAGGCCGGGUAUGCGCCUUGAUAGGAUGGGAGUCUGCUGGCUGGUAUCCAGAAUACUGGGAAUACGUUCAGAUGUGUCAGAACAUCGACCCCAACAGCUUGGCUUCAGAAGAGUGGCUGAGCAUGAUGAAAGGAGUCAUGACCAAGUAUGAUGAAGAACUCGAAUGCGAUCGUGCUUUGCGCACACGUUUCAGAUCAGAAGACUAUGCCAGGCCAAGAAGUGUCCGACCAAUGAGUCCCAGUCCGAGCGUCCUUGCCGAUGAACAACGGGAAACCGACGAUAAGAACACGGAGAACACAAGUGGUUGA